AUGUGGUACCGAGUGGUCGUGGCGAACGAAAAGCUUCAGAAUGCCGUGAGCACGAUUUCCUCUUCGCCCGUGUCCUUACUUGCGUGUGCUGCUAUCGCCACCCUCGAAAACCGCGACUUCUACUGCUACAGGAACCAAAUGUGCCAUCUUUACGACAUCGAAGUGGCCGGCUUGCAUGAGGACUCAGGCGCUGUUUCCGUCUGCAUGACGCGGAUUCCGCCUGGCACAGAAAUCCCAACAACUACAACCACAGCGGAGACCAUCACGCCCCUGCCCACUUCAAGCUCGGUCCCAGCGCUCACUUCCAUUGAAAGUCCAAGUGCAGGCCAGUCCACUGACACGCAAGUCAAUUCCUCCAGCACCCCCGACAACAGGGGAUCUUCGAAUUACAUGACCGAGUUUUUCAUUUCCAACGCAACGACUUCCAAUGCCAGUUUUGCCAGCCAGGAAGUCUUGUGCAGGAACGAAGGUGGACAAGCCGCUCGCAGUCUUAGCAUGGCGCAGAUAGACUACUUUUCUGCAGACGACCGCUGGAGAGUUUGGACGACCCUCGUAGGGAAGGUUUGUUGGGAAACGGAGUGGACCCUGGAGUGGGCUGAUGGGUCGAGGUUCAACCACACAGAUGAUAGGUAUUCCUUGUUGAACUUCCCCGUGACUGACGAAGGCCAGGAGGAAGUGUGUUUCGCUUUCCGCCCGGGUUAUAGAGAAUUCGUGGCUCGUCCUUGCAUACUUUCGUGGGGGUUGAGGGUCAUGUGCGCUCCCAUCACCAAGCUCUUUCCCUCCGACGCCACGACAACCAACGGGUCCUUGUCAAGCCAGAAGUCCGUCUGUCGCGCCGAGGAAGGCAAGGCCCUGUUCCACAUGACGCAGCGGGAUGUGGAGGGUCUUGGGUAUCACUACGGCUCGGUGACUGCUUGGACGACGCUCUCUGGCACCUUUGGAUGGGACUUUGAGUGGAUUUUAAGUUGGGCCGACGGCCUCAGCCCGGAGACCGGGCUCCCUGUUGACUUGCCGAGCAGCGGCCAGUACUUCGGUAACCAAGAGUGCUUUAUCGUUGAGAACUCCGACCGCUUUGUCACCAACCCGUGCCAGGCUCAGGUUCCCCAGAGGGUCAUGUGUGUCUUACCAAACCUCUUCCUCUCGAAAGCAACAACCAUCAACGCGACUUACGACAACCAAUUGACUGUGUGUCUGGCUGAGGGAGGUCGACCGCCCACUGCACUUACCGACACGGAGGUCCAAGAACUUUUUGAUCAGUAUGGCACAAAGACCGCCUGGAUAACUCUCGUAGCUUCGAAGAACAGUUCAACCUUAAUCUGGGAGAACCGCUGGCCCGACGGCGACUUGCUCGACCCUUCAGUGUUGUCUCUGCCUGUGUAUCAAAAUUUCUUCGUCGAAGAAAACCAGUGUUUCGCAAUCAAAACUUCCAGUGAGCUCCGGACUCGUUCGUGCACAAACUAUCACUACCUGAGGGUUGUGUGUCACUGGCAGUAGAGGCAUUGUUACCAAUGCACACAUCAUAAA